AUGCAACCAGUCAUAGCCUACCUAAAAGACCAAGUCCUGCCUACUGACAAAGAUGAGACCUACAAGCUGAGAAGGAGGUCAGCUCAUUUCCUCUUUCUUGAUGAUGUACUCUACAAAAGAAGCUUAUCCUCCCCACUUCUUCGUUGCAUGGGGGGAGAUGAGGCCACUUACAUUCUAAGAAAAGUCCACGAAGGUGUUUGCGGCAAUCAUUCAGGAGGACCAACCUUGGUACAAAAGUUUCAUACAAUGAAAGGCAGUUCAACAAUAAAAAAGGUUAGGAACCAAUGCGACGAACUUGGAAUCAAGAAGAACUUCUCAACGCCUCAUCAUCCUCAAGCCAAUGGCCAAGUUAAAGCUGUAAAUAAGACGAUCAAACAUGUCCUUAAAAGAAAAUUGGAUGCAUCAAAGGGAGCUUGGGUUGAUGAGCUACCUCAAGUGCUUUAG